AUGGCAGCACCCUGUAUUUUGUCUAUACAUAAGUUUGAGAAUUUCGGUAAAAAUGCUGAAGGCCAAUACGAUCCCAGACUAAUCAACUCCUUCAUAAACUAUUUGGACAAUUUAUUUUACAACAAUCAACAUCCAGUUAUCGUAUUUUGCUGCACCAACUCCAAAACUAUUGCUCCAGAACUUAAACGAAUGUUUUUGGAAAUAUUUGAAAUAAACGCACCCACUGAUUCAAACAGAGAAAAAAAUUUGCAAUGGAUUUUAGAGAAAAAUGCCAUCAACUACAAUGAAGUUGAUUUAAAACUUGUUGCCAGCAAAACCAAUGGGUUUUAUUUUGAAGAUUUAAAUGCCUUGGUGUAUCAUGCAGAUAGAAAUAAUUUAGAUUUUGAAAAGGCCUUGGACUUUAUGCAAAAAAACUACAACGAAAGUCUAGGGGCACCGAAGGUGCCCAAAGCACGUCAAGCAUCCCGUUGCAUUAUAUUUUUUGAUGAAUUAGAUUCUUUGGCUCCAAGCAGAGGCCUUUCGGGUGAUUCCGGAAGGGUAAUGGAUAAAGUCGUUUCGCAAUUGUUAGCUGAAAUGGAUGGGCUUAUUGCUGGCGCUACAAAUAGGCCACAUUUAAUAGAUCCUGCACUGUUAAGACCUGGAACAUUCCACAAGUUGUUGUAUGUGGGCCCUUGCACCGAUUUAGAAUCCAAAGUUUCUGUUUUGAAGGCUUUAACCAGGAAGGCUGAUUUCUACGGUAUUUGUUCCACUGCUUGGUCUUUAGCCGCAAAAAGGCUUAUUGAGGCAAUUGAAAAAGGAGCCACCGACAGUAAAAAUGAUGUUGUAGUGGACAUACAAGAUUUUGUAACAGCAAUUGAAACCGUGAAACUGUCGAUAAGCGAGCAGGAUUUGAAAUAUUUUGAGAAUUUAAGAAACGAGUUGAAUUCUCGUGUUUUUAGAAAAAAUUGUUGA